UGUCAGCUUGUUGUUGUUGGAAAAGCUCGAAACAACAACAAGCAAAACAACUGAAAAUGAUUGAUUUUUCUCGUGCGUGUCGGUCGGAAAAGUAGGCGACGACGACGACGACGGCAACGAAAACACAAACCUAACUGGCAGGCAGCAGUGAAAAAUUCAAUAUCACAGUCGUCUCGCUGGCGAGCGGACGGAGCAGCAGCUCGGAAAAAUUAAAAUUGGAAGUUUUUCUUGAAAUUCUAGUGUAAAUAGUUAAAAGUUUUUACAAAUUUAACAGUGCUUUUCCAAAUUUUUUUGAGAAACGUGUGUGUGUCCGUGUGUGUAAAUUCGUUUUCAGUGUUUCGAAAAUUCAUAACGAAAAUAGCCAUCGCAUAAUAGUAAAGGGGAUUUCCCCAAGCAAAGGAAUUUUCGCUGCUGUUGCAAAAAAAAGGGAGCAGGAUAGCAGAGAAGAAAAACACACAUAGCAAUUCCAUCUACGUCACAGAUUCGCGAGUGUUUGGUGGUGUGUGUGAGAGCACCCCCGGAAAUGUAACACACAUACCAACGCGAAAAGAAAACUUGCACCUGAAAGUUUCGUCCAUCUUCGUACGCCUUCGUAUCUCGUCUGCCCCUCGUGCUGUGCAUCGUGUGUCGGUUGCACCAACGUAGGAAAAAAAAACAAUACGCAAAAAGAAAACAAAAGGCUAAGGCAACAGCUGAAGUGACGCGCAGCCCCCGGGGCAGCUCAAGUGCAGCCGUAUAACCACCCACAUUGGUGCGGGCACCAUGGACUCGCUCAAGUUACCAAAGGCCAGCAGCGCCACAAGCAGUGCCAGUGGCAGCAACAGCAACCUGUCCGGAUCGACAUCCGCGUCAGCAUCCGCAGCCACAUCGCCCACAUCCUCGAACGCAGCGUGUGGCGGCAUGACGACAGCAUCAUCAUCCAAGUCGCCGCCCGGCCUGAGCAACAGCAGCACGCCGAUCACAGUGCGCUUCAAUGCCAACGACGAGUCGCUGGAUGACAUCCUACAGUCAUUCCACCAGAACAAGCACAGUCCCAGCGGUGGGGCCAGUGGCGGCGGCGAUGCCUCGCCCACGCUGCUGGGCAUGAAGAACAACGGGAUGGGCCUCAAUGCCGCCGGGAUGACGUGCGACUCCCUCUCCAGCAGCCCCUCGCACCAACAGAUGCAGGCGGCUCUCUUUAGCAACGAAGAAGUAAAUCUGCGCAAUAACUACAUGCAAGGCGGUGGCUUCUUCAAUCGCAAAAGAUCAGGCAGCAUUGAAGGCGUCUCACCCACGUCCAGCGGCCCCAACCUGAUAGCCGCUCUAACCGCCGCAGGCAUCAGCAGCGGAGGCGGAAGCGGAGGAGGAGGCGGAGUCGGAGGACCGACCGUAGACACCAGUGGGGGAGUGGGAACCUGGAAACUGAUCAAGGGCAAGGUCACACAAACCCUUGAGGAAAUCAAGUCGUCCAAGCAGCCGUCGCACCAUUCAACAGCCAUUCCAGCGAUUCCCAUUAUUGUGGCUGACCCACCGUCCAUUGGGUGGAGCCCCACCGAGCCCGACUCGGACACCGAGUGCAUUCCAUCGCUCAGCGAAGAUCUGCCUCUGGACCCGGAUCAUAAGCAUCACCACCAGCAGAACUCCGACUCGGAUGCGGAGGCCGAGCAACUGCAGCACGACAGCAGCAGCCUGGGCAGCGGCGACGUUGCAGCUGCCGCAGCCGUACCCAUAGCUGGUGCAGAACGUUCCCGCCUGCGGCGCGGCCUGGCCCACAUCAAGUCCAAGGUGAAGGCCAAGCACCAGGCGGCAGCCAUGAGCAAGAAGGACGUCAGCCACAGCCCCAGUGCGCCGUCCGGCUCGUUGCGCAGCGGCUUUCUGCGCAGGCGCAAUGUGGUCGAUGUGGGCAGCGAGCCAUCGACCCUCCAGCAGGCGGCGGGUGCCUCCGCGGAGAUUCCCAUUGCCAGUGGCAAGGUAAAGAAACGGAGCAUCCUGCUGGCCCGCAAGGAUGUGGAGAUUGAGUCUGGAGUUGAGGUCCUGGAGGAUAUGAUACCCAUGGCGAACAAACAAGCAGGUUUGCCGCUCGAGUGGCCAGAGAUGGGGCCUGCGGAUGACAGGGAUGGCGGAAGUAAGGGGGAUGAGGCAGAUCCACGUGCUAGUUUGACCCUACCUUUUGCUUCACCCGAAGCCACAGUGUCCUUUGACGAAAGGCCUCCCGACAGCCCAGAGUCAAAGUCGUGGUUCAGCUUCUUGUCCAGAGGAAGCAAUGUCAGCUUCAGUGGCUGGCGUAGGCAUGGCGGAACGGUGUCAUCCAUUGCCACGCCCAUAGCGCUGGGGGCCUCCAUCGUGGUGCUGAUGAUCCUGCCGAUGCAGGACUUCCUGCGCGGCGUCUUCGCCACAAUGCUGUUCAUCGCGCUGAUAGACUCCUGCGGCAAACACCUGCGCUGGCUCUUUGAACACUUCAUGCUGUCCACGCAUCCGGAAAGGGUGAAGUUCAGGAUACCGAACUACGAGUCCAUGCCCAUCUGUAAGAUCCCCUCGGCGGAGGAGCACAAGACGAUCAAGACCUACUCGGGCUGGAUGAACGAGCUAGACAGCUACGAUCCGCUCACCUUCUCCUUCCACAUGACGCGAUCCAUCUAUGUGCGACUAGAUGGCUGCAUCCUGAAGAUGUCCGGCACCCAAGCGAGGAUACCCAAGCGCUCCAUGUGGAACGAGCAGCCCAUCGAUCGCAAGAAGAUCCUCUUCACCGAUCAUCGCUCCUACGAUCUGAGGGGCUGCCGCAUUGAGCUGCUGCCCCUGGGCCUGGCCAAGAAGCGCUUCUUCAAUCGCAAGUAUCCCAUCCAGCUGAUCAUCAAGAACACCAGUGAUUCACCCACGGCUCGUCUCUCAACUGAAUCUCUGUCGGAUUCAACGCUCAGGCUGGAGUCGAAUGAGGCCCGUACAUCACUGACCUUUGCCCCUGGCUCCACGCCCCCUUACGAGGAUCAGGAAAAACAGGAUUUUGCAGCCACUGUAAUGCAAGGCGACCUGCAACAACUACGGAACAAUGUGAAUCCGGACACGGAGCUCAACGACAUCACGGUGCCCUGUGGCGAUGAGGUUCGCCUGCUGCUCUUCACGCGCUGUGAUCGGGAGAAGGAGGACUGGUAUCGCCGCUUUACCGCCGCCAGCAAGGGGCGCGUCCAUGAGCAGGACUUGCAUGUGCCGAUGGCACGUUUUGUGGAGGACACAGAUCUGCAGAUGGCCGCCGCCAGGCAGGCAGUCCGCAUGGUAGGCGCUAUGGGUGGACUCAAGGCGCGCCCGAAGGAUAAUCAGAGCGAUGAUCGGAGCUUGGGCGAUGUGUCGUUUGCCUCGAAUGUGAAUGACGGUCAGCAGACGCCCGAUUUAGAGUUUGAUGAGAUAACCGCGGAUGAUUUACUUCCCGAGACGCCGAAGGAGGAGCAAUUCGAGGGAAUGAUCAUGAGUUCCGAUGUGGCUAGAAAUCCAGCGGAUUAUGUCCGUUUCAUGGCCGGCUACCAGAAAGCUUGCCGACAGACCCAGAUCCCAGUGACCAAAAGUGCCCGCCGCGAGAGCGGCUCAGAAAAAAAGAAAAAUCGCCGCGCCAAGCGCCAGGAAGAUGAGCUAUGGAAAGGCGUCGACCAGUCACUGUUUCUGGGGCCCUCCGGCAGCAUUGUCUGGGCCAAUGUCCUCAUGGGGCGCUGUCUCUUUAGCAUGCUGCACGACGCGAAACUCCAGGAGAGGAUAAAGGAAUUUAUGCAGAAGAAGCUCAACUCCAUUAAGCUGCCCAGUUUCAUGGAGGAGGUGAUCAUAACGAACAUCUAUAUGGGCGAUUCGCCCAUGCUGUGCCAUCGCGUCUCCCAGCCUAUGCUGGACGAGCGCGGUGUGUGGGUGGAUGCGGACCUCACCUACGAAGGACUGGCUCACAUCACGGUGACCACCAAGCUCAAUUUGCUGCGCAUCCGCGCCAAGACCAAGGCCUCGCCAAUGGGAGCUGAAAGCGGUCCCAGCACAUCGGCGCAGCCAGAUCUACCUCAGUAUCCGCGCAAUCUGGGCGACGAUGACAUACCGAUAGACAGCAGGAGUGCCAUCUAUGACAGCGAUGGCGAGAGCACUGGGGGCUCCUCCACCGAAAGUGAAAGCCCACCGACGGGCGCCGCUACUGAGACUGCGUCCGGGACUGAAUUCUUCCAAAACUCGCCGGGGAACGCACGACGCAUCUUCAAGAUCGUCGACCGCAUAGCUGCCUCAAAUCUGUUCCAGUAUGCCACCGAGCUGCCGUACGUGCAGAGAGCCAUGGAGAACAUGAAUGCCAACAUCACACUGCGCGUAGAUCUCAAGGGUAUGGUGGCUCGUGGGACAAUAAACAUACCGCCCCCGCCCUCCGAUCGGGUGUGGGUGUGCUUCCGGGGCCCACCUCGCCUGUGGAUAUCAACCAAGCCCCAAGUGGGCGACAAGUCCGUCGACUGGUCCAUUGUUACCAAUGUCAUUGAGAGCAAGCUGUGCGAGGCUGUCAACAAAUUUUUGGUCUACCCGAAUAUGGUGGACUUUAACAUACCCUUCCUGGCCAAACCCAGCUACGAGGACGAGUCGCCGGCCUCGCCCAACUAAAUACCAAAAAGGAGAUUACCAUUUGAUAGUAUCAGCUGAAUUUAACACAAAGUGUGUGCACCAUUUUCCACAUUAUAUCUUAGUUCCGAGAUUAGCAUAAAGCUUAGCUUAGACCCGAGAUCUCUCUGGCGCCCACCACGAGUACUUAGCCAUUAAGAGCCGGAAGACGAUGAACAGCAAAAAAGGACUUUGGAAAUUUUGAAUUUUGAAUUAGGAAUUUGGAACGUGGAUUUUGGGAAUGACAAGUUAUAAAACGCUUAUAUUGAAUACAUUCGUUUCACACUCCAGAACAAUCCAAAUGAAAAUCGAUAGUACUAGUAUUCUAAGUAUCUAAGUUUGUGUAUCUAUACAACUAAUCGUACAAUUAUUUGCAAUAACACCAGACAAGUCGCAGGUUUGUGACUUGCGCUUUAACAGCCGCUCUGUGAGGUCGACAAGACAUGAAUUCCAAUAGCAUAAUGCAGGCAUAUACUAGAUCCAUAACUAACAAAGCUACAUGCAUACAUACAUACAUACAUAUAUACAAACAUAUUGUAUUCCAACUAGACUUCUAAGUAUGGGUGUGAAUUUAAAUAAUAAUCGAUUUUUUUCCGGUGUA